AGGGAAAGGGAGGAAGGAGGAAGGAAGGAAGGAGGAGGGAAGGAGGGCGGGGAAGGAAGCCUGCCCAGGAUGACCGGGGUCUUCGAGAGCCUGGCCUCCGACAUGCAUUCCAGCCAGAUCGCCUCCAGCAGCUACCCCCACCAGCCCCACCACCAGCCCGCCUUGCACAAGCCCCAGGAGUCGCCCACCCUCCCGGUCCCCACCGACACCGACAGCAGCUACUACACCAACCAGCAUCCCCAACACCAGCAGCACCAGCAGCAGCACGGAGGCAGCGGGUCCCCCUACCCGCCCAUGGGCGCCUACCACCACUACCACCCCGCGGGGGGGCCCUACUCCGCCAAAGCCGGCCCCUACGACCUGGGCUACGCCGCCGCCUCCUACAGCCCCUACGCCGCCGCAGCUGCAGCCGUCUACGGGGCCAGGACCUCCCCGGUCGGCCACGAGGCCGCGGCGGAGAAGGAGGAAGGGGAGCCGGAGAUCCGGAUGGUGAACGGGAAGCCCAAGAAAGUGCGGAAGCCCCGGACCAUCUACUCCAGCUUCCAGCUGGCGGCCCUGCAGCGGCGCUUCCAGAAGACCCAGUACCUGGCCCUGCCCGAGAGAGCCGAGCUGGCCGCCUCCUUGGGACUCACCCAGACGCAGGUGAAGAUCUGGUUCCAGAACCGACGGUCCAAAUUCAAGAAGAUGUGGAAAAGCGGCGAGCUGCCGGCGGAGCAGCUCCCGGGCGCCGGUUCCCCUCCUCCGCCUUCUCUUUGCCCUCCUUCCCCUCCAGCCUCAGCCUCUCUGGCGGCCUGGGACUUUGCUCCGCACCCGCAGCGCAUCGGCACUGGAGGAAACCUGCAUGCGGCCGGAGGAGGAGCAGGAAGCAGCGGCACCAGCAGCGCCGGCUCCAGCCCCGGAGCUCCCAACGGAGCCUCUGCAGCAGCGGCGGCGGCAGCAGCGGCAGCGGCGGCGGCUUUCUUGGGCAACUAUUCCUGGUACCACCAUCACCACCACCAAGCCGCCUCCUCCUCCUCCUCCGGGGCAAACUUGGCCGGCGCCUCCCCGAUCCUGCAGCAAGGGCAGCCUCACCAGCACCACCCGCACCUCCAUCACCACCAUCACCACCACCACAGCGCCGGCGUCAACGCAGGGACGAUUUUCUAGCUCCUCAAGAGGAGAUCUAGGUGCAGAGAGUGAUGUGGGGAGAGCGGGGGGGGGGGCGUUGAUAU